AUGGAGUAUGGAUCGGGAUCCAAGCGGAAACACACAACACUAUCAUUGACGGACAAAUUAAAAAUGAUCGAAGAAGCAGUGUCGGGAGGAAUGUCCCAUGAACAGAUCGGCAUGAAGUAUGGAGUUGGAAAGUCAUCUUUCAGCAGGUUCAUCAAAAAUAAAACGGCGAUCCAGAUUGCAGUGGAGAAAUAUAGAGAAUAUGGAGCGGAGAAGCGGAGUACUCUGAAGGAACAGCAUUUCCCGUUGAUGGAGGAAGCAUUGUUUAUUUGGAUUUUGCAGCAAAGGGAAGUGAAUAUCAUUGUUCCGGUGGAUAUCAUGCGGACAAAAGCAGAUUCUCUAUUCAAAGCAUUUCAGGAACAUGAUUGCUACACGGAAAGUACGUUUCUCGCUUCCAACGGCUGGGCUCGUCGAUUCAAGGAACGCUUUGGCUUGCGAAUGGCGGAUGAAAGAGCAGCUUCUGGUCGGAAACUCAACCGAACCAGAUAUACAUUCAUGCCCUGUGCUAAUCUUGACGGUUCCCUAAAACUCAAGCUGAUGUUUAUCGAAAAAUCGGAAAAUCCUCGAGUUCUCCGACGCGGGGUAAAUAAAGAGUUACCAGUUUCGUACUUUUCCUCGAAAAAAGCAUGGAUGACACGCAUAUUGUCCCGAAAAUGGUUUGAGGAAGAAUUUGUACCAGCUGUAAGAAAGUUCUGUCAAGAAAAAAGUCUUGAGCCAAAAGCGCUAUUGGUUUUGGACAAUUGUUCGGCGCACCAUGAUGGUUGCGACUUAAAGAGUGAUGAUGGUUUAAUUCAGGUGAUCUAUCUUCCACCCAACGUCACCAGUGAAUGCCAACCGAUGGAUCAGGCGGUAAUUAAUGCCAUCAAGACGCGAUAUAAGAGGAAGCUCAUGUUGAAACUAGUCUUGGAAGAUGAACACUUGUCAUUCGAUCAACGUCUAAAAAACAUUUAAUUGAAAAUGUGUUUGGAUUGGCUGGCCAGCUCAUGGGAGGAAAUAAGUUCUUCCACAAUAAGAAACUCGUGGAAUAAACUGAUUGACGAGUUUCCAGGAU